AGUAAUUAUCAGUAUUUUUCAUCUGGCAAUUCCAAAUCGAAAGUAAAACAGAUAAAAAAAAAAAAAAAAAGUAAUAAACUAAUUGUUGUGGUUGGGAGGCUUUAGUGGGGCUUAUAAUCUCCAAUUGAAGCAUGAAUAUUGAAUAUCUCUGGAAUUCAAAAUUCAUCUAAAGAUGAAUGUCCAAGAGUCUCCCGACCACAUCGAGUACAUACGUACGGAGGGUGAUUGCAAGAGCUGGAGUAAUGAAGAAACAGAAGAACUGAACUCCUCUCUGAAAAUAUGUUGCAUUCCCCUUCCAAGGCGCUUGUUUUUAUUUGCAAAAUAUGUAGCGCCAACCCUCAUAUUACUUUUCAGCUUUGCAGCAGACAUUUUUAGUGGAGUUGCUGUUGCUAUCAGUCAUUAUCGCGAUAAUCAUAUUUGGUGGUUCAGUUUAACAAUUGUUUUUAUUUGUGCUCCAGCUGUUAUGUUCAUUGCCCAUGCAAUUCUGGUAACUAUUACCAAUCCAGAAGUCCAUUUUAAGAAGAAACUUCUCUGGAUUGUUCUCUACAUUUGCACUGGAGCUGGAUGUUUGCUGUGGCCUUUAUGGGAUUAUGUUAAAAAGCUUGUUUAUGCAAUACGAGCCAUUACAGAUGAAGAAAAUAGCACUGUUCACCUUGAAAAAUUUCAUAGUGUUGGUUCUGGAUCUUUUUCUGGCAAAAUGCAUGAAAUGCUUAAGGCAUUUCUUCAAUCUGCUCCUCAGUUAUUAUUACAGAUGUACAUCUUAAUAUCAUCAUCACCUGGUGAGCAAGAUCAAUAUACAAUUGUUACUGAAGUCAUUUCCAUCAUCUUUUCAUUAAAUUCUCUGACGAUCGUAAUUGUCCAUUUUGAAGUCAACAGCAAGCAUCAUCCAAGCCGUACAGCAACAACUCCAGAACAAAGUCAGGAAGUAAGCGAUUUGUGCUGCGUCAUUGUUGAAUAUCUCUGGUGGAUGUGCUCCAUUACAGCUAGAGUUCUGGCACUUGCAUUCUUUGCAACAGUUUUUAAAUUUUGGGUUUUCAUAAUCUGCGCUAUUCAUGCUGCUACUAUAUCAACUUGUCUUAUUUUCAAUCAUCCUAGUUAUUCAUUGAACAACUUUGUUAUUGCUAUAUUCAUGGGCCUUGUUUACAUAUUUUGCUUUGUAGAGUACAAAGUAGAUUUUGGAAUGCUUGGUAGAGUUGUUGGACUUUACAUACUUUAUUAUGCUUUUACAUUUAGCCAAAAUGUGUGCAUGGUAUUGUCUGCUUACUUUUUAUCAUCUGGAGUCUACUCCUAUCACCUUCCUGUUGUUAUUACUCACUUUGUUUUGUUUUUCCUGGGGAUAUUUUUUAUGUUAUUUUAUUUAGGCUUAUUAAGACCUUUUUAUCUCUAUUUGUUAAAGAAAGCAAGGCCUCCUGUAGAAUGAUUUAUUUGUUUGUGAUAUUGAAUAGUGCCAAUUAAUUUAUUAUGUAAUUGCUAUACAGGGUGGUUCAUAAAUAACUGAUCCAAACUCUAAAGCACGCGGAGAAAGAAGAUAUUUUAAUGCAAUCUAUGAUCAGAAGUAGUACAUUAAAGUGGCAAGAAGUGUUGAUGGAAUCGUCACUACUGAGGCUUUGUUUAUACAUGUGGAUAUUUUUAAUACCUACAAUUCUUACUUUUGAAUGUAAAAUUAUCCACAAGGCAUUAACUGCAUACCUAGAAAGAUUUCCAUUAAUAUUUGGGUAGGCUUGAACUACUUAGUAGGAUUUUACAUUCCACUUAAUAAGUUGAAUGGUUGAUAUCCUUCGAUUAGAUUUCGUUGUUCCUACAAAAUGCAUACUGGCAGGCUCAUUGUUUAUUGGAAAUAUGCACUGUAAUGAAUUCCUAUUAAUAAAUCUGUUUAGUUGGACCCCUCUGCCUAGCUUUAAAUUUGCUUCAGAUAUUUUCAAAUCCCCAUGUAUAUUUUAAACCGAGUGUUGCUCAUUUCGUUUCAUUCCAUUCCAUUUUCAUUAUAAUUUCCUGUAUAUGUACCUGAUUGAAUAUGAGUAUUAUUAGUAUCAUACUAAUGAUUUCAUCAUCUUGCUUGAGCUUAGUUGAUAGGCUUAUUAUACAAGUAUAUGCUUAAAAAUGCUUUUAAAAGAAUUGUUUAUUGUAGCAGACAUUUUAAACUUUUAUUGAAUUAAAAAUGUAUCUAUGCUUAAGUGAUAGAUGAAAUUAUGUUAAUUUUGUAGAACAUUAUUUGUUCCGAUUUUGAUGGUUAUUUUACAUUAGUUAUUUAUGACUUUUAUUUUCAUGAAUAAGUUUUCUUUGUUCUUACCAUUGUAUGAGAUUAUUUUUUAUUAUAAAUAUUUGUGUAUUUGAUUUCUUUUAAAUUUAUGCUUAUAUUUAGUAUGUUUAUGAAUUUUGAGUUAUUAAUUAGGAAUUGUGAAUGAAUUUAGAUUAUUAUUAUAUAUAAUUCACAGUUUUUAUUCGAUGAAAUCUAUUGACUGAAUGUUUUUAAUUUUUAUUAUGAAAUUUUAAUUUUCAAGAUCAGAAAUGUGUCAUCUGAGAUUUCAUCUUUUAAAGCAUGUCUUCAAGGGCAGUAAACUUUUCAUUAAUUUUUACUUUUUACUUGAAAAUGACAGAUUAUUCUUUAAAUAGUCUGAAAUUGAAAUUUGGAUUUUUAUUGAAUUAUUGAAAUUUUAUUGUUAGGCUGAUGAUAUAUUUCUUGUUCUUAACUAAGCAUACCUGCGUGCAUUUCAUUUUUAAAUUUAUAUAUUCAUAUAUAUACAAAUAAUCAAUGUCUGUAGAAUAAUCCUUUAUGUAUACCCUCCAAUAAUGUCCAGUUAUUUGUAACACUUUUUACAUAUAUGUUACAUUUAAUGUAGAAUUAACAAAAUUAUUUAAGAAUAGAUAUUUCCAAAAAUCUUUAAUUAAAACAAACAUUUUUUAGACAUUAUUCAAAACCAAACACACAUUCAUUAUUAACUAAAUAUAGAAGUGAAAUAAUUAAAAAAAAAUCAUAUAACGUGAUUUUGGUGAUAAAACAAAUUAUUUGUUAGAUAUUUAUAUUUUUUUAUCUUUAAAUAGCAAGAACUUUUAUUUUUUAAGUAGUCAUUGCUCAAUUUAACAUCAUUUUUGUAAUGAAGAGCAACAGUGUUUUUUGUAUUCAUAUUGAAUAUAUAUAUAUAUAUAUAUAUAUAUAUAUAUAUAUAUAUAUUUCUUAAACAUGCUAGAAAUUCUUUCACUGUCAGGAAUGCUAUGACUAAGUAUUCAAAAAAAGAGCAGUUGCUGGUCCCCCCCCCCUAUUUAUAUUCAUUUAUUUCUGUAGUUUUUACAAUAUAUUCAUUACUCCGUAAUUUCCACCUAAUUAUUGUAGCUGUUGGAGGGUAUGCUUAUGGAAUAUGUGAGUUGUAAGACCAUUUGAUUGGCAGUAUCUAUAAUUUAAAUGAUAAGAAAAAUCUACAUGUAACUUAAUUAUGUGGUUAAUGUGAUUUUAUAUUAUUAUACUUAUCAUACAACAGUGAGCUACAUUGUAUGAAAAAUUAUUUAAAUUUCCUUUUAUAUAUAUAAUCCUUUUUUUUUUUUUUUUUUUUUUUCGUUUAUAUAAAGACUGAAAGCUUUUGUGAUACAUAAUUUUGAAUGUUGAAAUAAUUGUGAUAAUUAAUUGCAUUCAUUUCUAGUACAAAUGCAAUGUUUACGUCAGUGAAUUAUGUUUUAUAGAUUAGUUGCUAAAACUUUUCCUUUUGUUGUGCAACAAUGUUAGUUUUUAUUCUUGUAUUUUUACUUAAACAGUAUUAUUGUUCACUUCUUAAUAUAAGCUUGAAUUUUGAACUAUUUGCUGUAAUUGAAAUCACAUAUUUUUGCUUGCAGAUAACUUUCUUUUAAGGCAGCUAAAAUAUGUGUACAUUGAAAUUUUAAAGAAAGAAAUGAGACUUAUUUAUGGUGUUUUAGAAUAAGAUUUUUUAACUCAAUUUCUUAAAGAAAUUACAACAUGUAUUUACUAUGCAUAGUUCGUUUUAUAAUUUGAUCUUUUUUGUAUUUUAAAAUCAAAGUUUUGAUAAGCCUCUCUUCAUUCUUUUUGAACUUCUAUUAAUAGAGCAGCAUUUGCUCCAAAUUAAUAAACUUGUCCGAAAUAUCUGAAGAUAUGAUAUAAAUGUGAUGUUUUCACAUUUAUAUGUUUUAACAAACAAUUUUUAAACCAUAUUUUUAGUAAAGCACUAGAAAAUUGGAAUUUUUUAUUUUGUACUUUUAUUUAUAAUUGUUAAUUAUAAAUGGUGUAGAGUCAUUUUUUUUUCUCAAAUUUUCUACCAGAGCUUCCAAACAUACCGAUUCAAAAAUUAAAGUGAAAUAUUAAUUGAAAAUUUAUACUCUCAUCAAUAAUGCAGAAAAAUAUAAAAUUUUGAAACUAGCACUUUAGAUACUGGGUGAAAAAUUGAUUACAUAGUUUCAUUUUUGCUAACAUAAAACAAGUCAAAUUAAAUAAAAAGUGUUUUAAAAUACACAGUUGAAGAUAUCAGUAUUAUUCGUUUGUGUCUAAUUUGACUUGUUAAUUCUCAUCUUAUAAGUUCUUUGUUUUUUUUUAAUAAAAAAAUUUACUUAAAAAAUAAUUAUACUUUUAUCUGUAGCAUAAAUUUAACUAUACAGCCUCAAUACAUUGUAAGAUGCAUUAAAAAAUGCUAAUCUUCUCUACACAAAGUAUUAAAAAUCUGGUAUUUUUUGUGUAUUUAUUAGUUUUAAUUUUUGUAUACUUAAGUAAAUUUUCUUUUCCUUAAAAUGCAUAAAUUUUAAUCUUUUUAAUAAAAGAAAUAAGCAAAUAAAUGUGUUUGUUAUAAAUAUGAAGUUUUAACUUAAUUUAAAAAGUAAUUGAAUUAAGAAUUGUGACUUUAACAUUGCAAAUCAAUUUCAUUUUAAAAACAAGAAAUUCUUUCUAAUCAUAACUUUAAUAUAUUUUAAAUACAAUUUUUCAAUGAUCUUGCUGCCCAAAAUAUGAUCAUUGUUAUUGAAUAUUUUUAAUUCUUGUUCCUAUAUGAAUAGAGAUGUUAUUUUGAAUAGGAAGUUUUUGUUGUAUGAAGUAUAUUUUAUUUCUGCUAGUAAUGUUUUGUAUUUCAAUUCUGGAAUUGAUUGUAUGUGAUUUAAACAUUUUUUUUUCUUCCUCCUCUCAAGAUCCAUAUAUAUGUAUGUACCUAUAUGUAUUUCAUGUAUAUGUUUGUAUAAGCUCAAAAUUUAUUAUUCUAUUGUCUGUUUACUACUGUUGACCAAGUUCUGUGUCAUUUGUUAAAAUUGUUUUGUCUUUUUAAACAAUGUACUAUUUUUGUGUUACACUGUCAGCUUAGUCAUAAUUUUCAUACAGGGCUUCUUAAACUUUUUGCUGUUGCAGCAGCAGUCAUAAGUAAUAGGAAAUUCUCUUGCAAUUAUUUAAUUAUUGAAGUAUCCAUUAAAAAUAAUUUUAUUUUUAUUUAAUUACACUAGUAUAUCUGCCCGAAAGAUAAGCAAUGAAAUUGUUUGCAGUUCUACAGUUUAGAAAGCCCUAUGUAAUGACUUAUUGAUGUGCAUAAUUUGUUUAUAUAUAAUCCUUUUGUUGAUUUGUGAAAAGGAAUAAGUUGAUUGUGUUCUUUCAUGCUUAAAAAUGAUGCAGGAUUGCUUUCGAAGUGCUGAAAAUAUUUAUGCAUCAUGUUACCAAGAAUUUUUUUUUUUACAGGCAUAGAAAAAGAUUUUGCUAUAUAUAAGGUUGUAUUAUACAAAGUUUAUUAUAAGUAACUUUUAGCUUUUAUUAUAUCUUUUUCCUUUAGAAGUUAAGAAAAGUUUAAGUGGGUGCAUUGUUGUUUUCAAAUUUGGCAUUCCAUCUCCCUCAGUUUUUAUUCUUAAAUAAUAUGUGUAGAAAUUCUAAUUUUUUUUGUAUGUAUCUGUCACAGAUAUUUUAUAUAAAAUUAACUUUAAUUAAACUUAUUAGAUAUCAAAAUUUAUGCAAAAAUAAUUUUAAGACUAUAAUUCAUUGAAUAUAUAUAAUAUUAUUCAAUAUGAAUGAGAUAUGAAAACAUUGUGGUUUAACUGAAAGUGUCAUUUUAUAUUGUAAGGAAGAAAGAAAAAGAAGGCUAAGGAAUAUUCAUUUCUCUUCAAACAAUAUUCAGUUAAUAAUUAAAAUUAUAUAAUAUAUUUCUUUGUGAUAUUUAUUCUCAUAGAUUAGGAUUUUAAUUUUUAUUAUAUUAAAUUACUGUGGUUCAAAUUUUAAUCUUUUAUCAAUUUCAGUUCAUUAUUUUAGGAAAUAAAGAAUAGAUAGAAUAUUUUCAAUUUCCAUGUGCAGUUGUAAAUAAUACCCACAUUUGUAUUUCUUACAGCAUAGCAUUUUUAAAAAAUCAUUCUGUGUUUAUGGAACACUGCACAAGUUUGCAUAAUUAAGGUGAAAAUCAUGGAAUUGAUCUGCAUCCGUUCUUAAUGAAAGAAAGGUAUUUUUUAAUGUCACCUUCUUCUCCUUCCCCUUGAACCUUCAUAGACUGGAUGUGUGAUUAAUAAUGCCAAAAGAGGUUCAUCUUCCAAGUCUGGCUUGAACCUUGCUCGUUUCUGAUGCAGCCUUAAAUACUGAAGCCCAUAUAAAUAUCCAGUACUGAGAGAGUGUGUUUUUAUCAGUUAUAGCAAUAAUGUAUAAACAAAAUAUUAUAAGUGUCCUGAAUGUUCUUAUUUCUGAUAAUUAAAUGAUUUUAUCACAUUAUUAAUUUAAAGUAAAAAUUGAAUUUAAUAUCACUCUAUUUUUACUAGAAAGUAUUACUAAUGAAAUAAUAUAGUAGUGUAUUAAAUCAUUAUGAAUAAUAAAAAAAAUGUUUUACAACUAUAUUGUAAUUUAAUGAUAGUUAUUAUCACUAGUGUCCACAUUUUGAAGGUGAUUUAAUUUUUUAAUGAAUUUUGUUAACAGCUGAAAUCUAAUUUUUAGAUUGUGUCAAUUGUUUAUAAAACUUUGCUUCUUUUAAAUAAUGAUCUGUCAUUACAUUUCAAAGCCAGAAAUAGGAACAACAGGGAUACUAAAAUUUGUAAAUAUUGACUUAUUGAAUAAAUUUAAUACAUUUUUAGAUUUUUCUCUUGAAAAUUAAGUACAAAUUUUCAUCACUGUUUAAGAAAAGUAUUUUUUAAAUAUUUUAACAUAAAAUAACAAAUCACAUGAUAUUGUAUUUAUCAUGUAUCUGGAAACUACAAAAUGUAGUAUGUUUUUAUUUUUGAUUGAACUGAAUGAAAAAUCACUGUCAGAUAAUUUGAUUGUGUCGUCAAAGAAUUAAAAUCAUUAAAUAUUGUAUAGAAAUAUUGAAAAAAAAUGGAAAAUGUACAUUUUUUUUUGUAUUUGAUAUUAAAUGAUAUUUUAUUUUAUUGCUAAUUAAUGAAUAAGAUUCUUAAUUUUUAAUUUUAUAAACUAAACUUUUCUAGUUAAAUUUUACACUCAUCAUGAGCAAUUUUAACAUUUCUGUCACAUUAAAGCAUGUGAAUUAAGGUUUUUCAUUUUAUAUGAAAUAAAUUAUACAAAUUUGUAUCUGAUGAA